AUGGAAAUGAGCGAGGUGGAGCAAAUGCAAGCUAUGGAGAAGAAUCUAAUCCGGAUGGCAAAAGAAGUUGAAAAGCUACGCGCUGAAGUUUUGAGUGCUGAGAAGAAAAUGCAUGGAACGGUACCAUAUGCUGGUGGCUACAUGAAUCCUGAUCCUUCAUAUGCACCACCUUUUCUAGGUGGCACCACUUAUUCUGGUGGCUAUAGUCGGCCUGUAAUGCAGACGGGUCUUAGGCCAGUAUAAGGCCUAAUCCCUUUUGGUAAUAGUACCAAUGUUCCAGCUACUAUUGCUGCAACCGGUAGCCAAACUGUCCCUAGCUCAAUUUGGGGAGCACCCUACGAUCCAUCACUUGCUCAGAGGUAAACUAGGAGAAGCUGCCUUGAAAGCCUCGCC